AUGGUGUGCGAAGAGCUACAAAUACCACAAGAAAAUGCCAUACUCGAGGUUACCGACAACUAUGCAGCUAACCCGCAGAGACUUGAAUGUCUGCUCACUAAAGGACUAUUACAGCGUGAUAUCGAUCUACUGAAAGACGCCGGGUAUGCAACAUUGGAAUGCGUCGCAUACGCUCCGCUCAAGAACCUAUUGGAUGUAAAGGGCCUCAGCGAACAAAAGGUUGAAAAAAUCAAAUCUGCCUGCAAGGAACUUUGCCAUCUUGGGUUUUGCUCCGCUACGGAUUAUCUAGAAGCCAGAGAAAACCUCAUCAAAUUCACAACAGGGGCCACUGCACUUGAUGCUCUGUUACAAGGUGGAGUUGAAACAGGGAACAUUACCGAAAUAUUUGGUGAAUUCAAAACAGGAAAAACACAAUUAUGUCAUACUCUAGCGGUGACAUGUCAACUGCCAGUUGAACAGAAUGGAGGUGAAGGAAAAUGCCUAUGGAUCGAUACGGAAGGUACUUUCAGGCCGGAAAGGAUUGUUGCAAUCGCCAAACGUUUUGGAUUAUCACCAGUACACUGCCUAGAAAAUAUUGCAUAUGCCAAGGCAUACAACACUGACCAUCAGACGGAACUCCUUGUAGAAGCAUCAAAUAUUAUGUCACAAACGAGGUUUGCACUACUCAUAGUCGAUAGUGCAACGGCAUUAUACCGUUCAGAUUAUUCCGGAAGAGGAGAACUUGCCAGCAGACAAAUGCAUCUAUGCAGGUUCCUUAGGGCAUUACAGAGGAUCGCAGAUACCUUCGGAGUAGCAGUAGUAAUAUCAAACCAAGUUAUGUCCAAGGUGGACAAUCUAUCCUCAUUCUACGGUGGAAGUGACAAAAUGCCUGUUGGAGGAAAUAUUAUCGCCCACGCAAGUCAAACAAGACUCUUCCUCAGAAAAUCCAGAGGUGAUAGCCGUGUCUGCAAAAUAUACGAUUCCCCCAGCCUACCAGAGGGUGAAGCAGUUUUCGGUAUUACAGAAGGUGGUAUUGAUGACUAUCAUGAUAAGUCCGUGUGA